AAGAAACAGACCAAUAAUUAUCACCCUACAACUACAAAUUCCUAUUGCUCCUAACGUACAAACCAGAACAAGUUUAGUUCUCUCUACCAACCGUCUCUGUACCUCAAUCGCCCUUGUCCUGAGCUGACUCAGUGCCAGACACACGCAAUGAGUCAGGAAUCGUUCAUAUACAGUUUCGUUUCCCGAGGCACUGUGAUCCUUGCGGAGUACACCGAGUUCACUGGUAACUUCCCAGCCAUUGCAGCUCAGUGCCUUCAAAAAGUCCUUGCCUCAAACAGCAAGUUCAUCUAUAACUGUGACGGCCACACUUUUAACUUUCUCGUCGAGGAUGGCUAUGCUUACUGUGUUGUUGCCAAAGAAUCUGUUGGCAAGCAGAUACCUGUUGCAUUCUUGGAACGGGUGAAGGCAGACUUUAAGAAAAGAUAUGGGGGUGGUAAAGCAGAUACAGCUAUGGCCAAAAGCCUUAACAAGGAGUUUGGACCAAUAAUGAAAGAGCACAUGAAGUAUAUUGCUGACGAUGCUGAGAAGUUGUUGAAAGUGCAGGCUCAAGUUGUAGAAGUUAAAAAUAUUAUGAUGGGUAAUAUUGACGAGGCUAUUGGUAGAGGGGAUCGCCUAACUAACAUUUCUCAAAAGGCCGAACACCUACGUAGCGAGGCCGAAGGAUACAAAAAACAUUCAACACAAAUCAAACGGAAGCUGUGGUAUCAAAACAUGAAAAUCAAGUUGGUUGUUCUUGGAAUCUUAUUAAUUCUGGUUCUGAUAAUCUGGCUUUCUAUUUGCCAUGGGUUUGAUUGCACCAACUAGUAGAACUUUUCCUCAGUAUACAGAAAUGCAAAAAAAAAUUACAGACAUCGAUCUAACAAUUUGUGCGAAUGAAACCAUCUUCUGUAACUUGGAUACAUCAGCAAAAUCACGAGUAAAAUUAUGCUUAGAAGGAUGGUCCAGAAAUUUGCAAGUUGGUGCAGGUCUUCUUCUACUUUUAUUUUUAUUUUUAUUUAUUUUUAUUAUUUUUUUAGAGAGAGCGAGAGAGAGUGAGAGCUACGUCAUGUUGGUCUUGUCAAAUAUACGGUGAUAUGUUGUUUAUUAUUCUAAUAUAGCAAGUAUUUGUGAUAUGUUGUUUAUUAUUCUGGACAAUUUUAGUGAUUUUUUUUCAUUA